AUUGACUCAUUCAAGAGCAAGAGUUCAUCCGUAAAUGUGGAAAAUUAUGUUUAGUUCACUUUGUGUAGUUAUGUAUUUUUAAAUAGCAAUGAGAAUGAGACGGUGGUGGUGCCUCUUUGGAAUUAUUCCAGUAGUGGAGAUAGUUUUAGGGAUGGUGAGGGUGUCAGAACGAUGCCCAGAUAUAUGUAUUUGUGCCAACCAUGUCACCGAUUGUCAGAGAGGAGAUUUGACAGAUUUACCCAACGGUAUAGAACCAGAUGUAAUGGGUCUAGAUAUGUCCAUCAACAGCCUAGAGAAAAUUCCAUUGGGACUAAGAUAUUACACUCACCUAACAUAUGUAAAUAUGUCACACAACCGGAUAGCAAUCUUGGACCACCAAGACUUUGAUGGAUUGUCCAAUCUAACAACGUUGGACCUGUCCUUCAACAAUUUUCUAGACUGGAGAGAUAUGCAAGCCCAAACAUUUGUGAAUUUAAAAAAAUUAGUGUCGAUGAACUUUUCUGGAAACCCUCUAAGGGUUCUCUCGAUAUCGCAUUUUAAUUUGCAACCUUUAAAGAGCCUUCGACUAAAUAACUGUUCCAUUGAAGCAAUACCUAAGGGAUUUAUUAAAGGUAUUCCUCAUUUAGAAGAACUGUAUUUAUCACAUAACCCAAUUGGCAGCUUAAAAGUAAAUAUGAGCUCAAAAACGUUAAAAGUGUUCGACUUGAGCAACUGUCGCUUAAGUCGGGUCAGUGAAUAUGCGUUUACGUACCUAGAAGCAUUGGAAACACUACAUCUAAACAAAAACAGAUUUCUUAGGAAUGUUACUAUUAACUCAGAGACAUUAGUGUAUUUAGAUUUAUCUGACAGCUUUUUAGAGAGUGUACCACAUGGUAGUAUGCGCGAACUUAAAAGCUUAAAUUUAUACGGAAAUAUGUUACGAGAAUUAAAAAAUAACAAAUUUAUAAACACUCCAAACCUCGUAACCCUUAAUUUGUCUCUAAAUGCAAUUACCUCUAUAGAUAGGAAUACAUUUAGGGGUUUGGAAUACGUUAAAGCUAUAGACCUGUCAUUUAACAAACUCAUUGCUUUACCUGUAGGCGCUUUCCUCGCUACCAAGAGCUUAAUAAGAUUAAAUGUAUCCCACAACUAUUUAUCUUCAAUAGAUAAUUUGCACAGCGUAUCAUUGAAUGGUUUAGAUGCCAGUUAUUGCGAAAUUAGCACUGUUUCACAAGAUUCAUUGUCCAGACUGCCAAAGCUAUCUUACUUAUCAUUAAAAAGAAAUUUUAUAACUACAUUGCCAGACUAUUGGACAGCUCAAUAUCUCCGCUCAUUGGACUUAAGCGACUGUAGGAUCAAAGCUAUCAACAAUAAAACUUUCUCAGAAAUGUCUUCUUUGCAAGAAAUUGAUCUUUCCAGUAAUCGUCUAACAACAAUCCACUAUACCAAUUUUCCUCGAAAUAUACUAAUAAUAUCAAUCACAGAUAACUUAUGGAGAUGUGAUUGUUCAGUGUUGAAGGAAACCUACGAAUGGUUGCAGCUUCAUGGUUCUUUCGUCGAUGAACUGAUCUGUGAUUCUCCUGAACAUUUAGAUGGGCAAAAUUGGUUAAUGGCAUGCCAGUCACAAUGGUAUCCAUCCUCGGAAAAGAAGGAUCACCUAUGGUGGUACUCAAUUGCUUUACUAAUAUCAAUGCUAGUUCUUCUCUUGACUAUAGUAGCAUUAAGAAAAAUAAAUGAAGUAAGAGAAAAAAGAUACCAAGAAAUAGAACAACGAAGACUGCAGCAAGAAAGAGAAGCCCGGGAAUCCCGCGAGAGGAUGUUGCAAAUGCAAAGAGAGUAUAGAGAAGAAACCAGUCAAAAUGCUCCAGAUCCCAGAGAAAGUCAGGGCCCCCCGUCGUACACAGACGCCUUACUUCUGCCAAGACUUGACUCAUCUCACCCUAGCUUAGCAGGUAGCUACGUCUCAUUUGGUUCUAGAGGAAGCCUUCACGGCAGCAAUCCAGAAGUCAACAAAAAAGGUAAAGUAAGACGAAAGAAAAGGCGAAGAAGGUCCGACGUCCAAAGGCCUUCACUUCCUGUUUCUGAGUCCCAAAGACCUUCAAUACGGCAAUUUAGUGAAGAGUCUGAGUCUGAAGGGACACCGAGAGAACCUCCCCUUGAAAGCGAUUUUUGACCUGUAAAUGUUAAGUAUUAGAUCAAAUACCAAAGAAGAGCGAGUGUUUUAUCGAAAAUAGUCGCUUAGUAGUAAUUAUGAGGAAGUAAAAUAUUUCGAUGGACAUUUUCAAAGUUGUUCCUUUAAACGGACACCGCACACAUUUUAUGUAAAAUAUAAUAUCACUCAUCCUCCUCCUAGGUGCCUUCUCUAUUGAGGUUGGCGAUCAAUAUGGCAAAUUUCUCUCUGUUCUGGGCUUGAUGAAUUAAGACAUUCCCUGUUGUGUGGGUCCAAUCUCUGAUGUUUCGGAGCCACGAUUUUUUCUUUCUUCUUAUACCCCUUUAACCUUCGAUUUUGCCUUCUUAUAUUACCUGGAGCUGCUCAAAUUCUCUAUGGCGCAUUAUGUGUCCUAGAUACGACGUCUUUCUAAUUUUGAUUGUAUUGACCAGAUGAGGACGUGUCUUCAUUCUUUCCAGUACUUCUUCAUUCGUAAUUCUUCUGGUCCAGCUUAUUCUUAGCAUUCGGCGGUACAUCCACAUUUCGAAUAAACUCAGUUUGUUGACGUCAUACUGUUUUAAUGUGCAGGUCUCACAGGUCUAUAUAGUAAUAGAGACAACACGUAUUCUCAAUCUUAUUGUGACUGAUAGUUUGGGGUUGCAGAGCAUUUUACUCAUGUUCAUGAAACCAGACCAUGCUAUUUCAGUGUGUCUUCUAAUUUCUUUUGAAAGGUGUAGCUGACUAUUUAGCUCUCUGCCCAGGUAUUUGAGGCUUUGGGAACUCUUAAGGGUGAUACCAUUUAUUUGUAUGUUGGGUGUAAUUUGUUCAAGGGGGUUCUUGUGGAAUACCAUGAUUUUGGUUUUGGAAAGGUCAAUGUCCAAACCCAGCCUAUGACUUUCUUCUGAUAAUAAUAUGUCCAUCAAUAUUUUUAGUUGCUCUUCUGUUUUCGCUAAUACUACGGUGUCAUUGGCAUAUCUUAUAUUGUUAAUGAUGAUUGUUAAGAUAAUAUCACUCAAAUGAAAUAAAAUUUACAUUGAUAGAUUGUUGUCGCAAAUGCAAGCAUUUCAUAUGAGUGCGCCAACUCUGAAUUUUGAAUAAUAACGGCCUAAAUUGAUAUAAAUGAAUAUAAAAUCAAUUGGGAAUUUAAAUGAGUCAAAGAGAGAAAAAAGAUUUCCGGAAUCGCCACUUCAUAAAUAUUUAAGACAAAGGGUUAUAGAUAAUAAAGUAGGUAUAAUUUGGCCAGGCAUACAAAAGUAUAUAUUCCGUUAAUCUGCUUAGCUCAUGCUGGGUAAUAUCGUUUGAAUAACCACUACACUAAUAAUAUUUAUAAAUAAGUUUUGUGGACUUCAGAAAACGUGAUUUCGAUUAACUUUUAAUUACAAUUUACGCCAUUAUUAAUUAAAAUUCAUAGUUUGCGCGAGGAUAUGAAAUGAGUGUAAUUUCGAUACCAAUCUACUCAUCUAAAUGUUGUUUCAUUUAAGUGAGGUUAUAUUUUCAAUAAGAUUUGUGCGGUGUCCUUUAUGCAGAAUCGAAGUGUCCAAAUAAGCUAUUGGGCAAUUGCCUGUUGUUUUCUAAACUCUUUUCGCACUGUUCAGAAAACACAUUCGUUAAAUAGCGACGUAUAUUUAGCAUCAGCUUUAAGAAACUGGUAUUGUUGAGAGCAAAUAAUUAUCUCUAAUGUAUUUUGUGACAUUAUAAACCAAUGACUUACCUAUGCCUUUUCAUUACGGCACUUCUUGAACACCACUUUCCUACAUAAUCAACUAUACUAAAAUUACAAUAAAGAUGCACUAGAAAUAAACAAACCAACACACGUUGAAUGUUACAAGGAGCACUCCCAAGUCAUGAUAUAUAUAUAUAUAUAUAUAUAUAUAUAUAUAUAUAUAUAUAUUGAUGUGAUCUUGAUUAUUGAUAUGAGAUAAUAUUUUUAUAUGUCAUUUAAUUUAAUCAAUGCAUUAAUAAUAAUCUAAUUAAUUUACCAGAUCACAUAUCAAUAUGUUUUCAAUCUCAGGGCUUUUUAUAAAAUUAAUUACUUACUUACGUGGCUUCUAAGUAUUUCACAAUGGUUCCUAAUCGGGAUAGGAAAGAAAAGAGUAAAAUAAUAACACAUAUGGGUUACAAUUGUAAUCAAAAUAUUGUUUAUUUUAUUUAAAUGGCAAUCACUGCUUAAUAUUUGCUAUAUCUUAUUAUUCUUAAACAUAACAUUUACACAUGGGAAUCUUAUUUCCUUUUGGUUUCCAAUUGAAAGUUUUUAUUAACAUUUAACUAUUAUGAUUUAUUAGCAACAAUUCUAUUUAAGUUUGAUGAAGCUUUUCUGAUAUUAUUGAUUAUGUUUCUUCAAUUUUAAAUGUGGUAUUUAAUACGAAAAACCCAUACAUUCAUGUCCAAACAAAUGAGACUGACCUUUUUCUGGUGAACUGAGAAUGUCUUCACACAAGACCCGUUUCCUGCUAUCCUUGGCUGCAAUCAAAACCUCGUCCUGGCUUCCAGUAAUGUUCUCCUUUGAAACUAGCUCGUAUAGCUCUCGUUUCCUGCUUCUGUCGCGAUGCUGUGUUCUACCUUUUUCGAAACUGCAAUCAGCUACCGGGAACUCUUGGCUCAAGGAGGUUCUUUUACUCUCAACCUGGCCUACCUCUCGUUCCACGAUAGAUACUCCACACUCACGGAACUACACCGGCUUUCUCACUCUCCGUACACUACCGUCUACUACUGGACUUCCUUCUCGACAGCUCAAAACAUUCUGAUCUCUAUUUGUCAUUCAUUCCCCUACUUUCUAAAUAUCCCUUCCAGAUUCACAAAUCAAACUUCCACCACCAACUCUCAUUCGCAGUAUUCCUCAAAACCAAUUUUUAAUCUUUCUAAAUAUGCUUAAUGGAUUUCAAAGGAAAAAUAGUUAAUUCCCAUUCUAAAAUUACUUUCUACUAAUUACAAAAUUUAAUGAUCUAUUAUCUACUUCCACUAAGUCUUAUUUAGCAUCGGCUAAUGAUCGAACCUUCCGCGAACAACGAUAAUGACCUAUUAUCGAUUUCACUUGAGUCUUAUUUAGCAUAGGCUAAUGAUCGAACCUUCCGCGAACAACGACAAUGGUACGCGCCAUUCACUUUGUUCAUUCUAAGCGCAUUGUCCCGAGUUUCGUUUAAUCACUUCUUAAAAUUAAAUAUAACAAUUUGUUGUAUACAGGUUGUUCUAAAUUUAUAUGCCCGUGGUUGAGAAAAUUGAAAAUAUUUUAUAUUAAAUUGAAUUCUGUUUAUAAUUAUCAAAAUUUAAUUUUCAUAUCAAAUAGAAAUAUAACAAUAUAUAUAUAUAUAUAUAUAUAUAAAUUGUAAAUCCUAAAUCAUGAUUUACAAUGUUUAUACAUUGUAAAUUAUGAUUUUAGAGUGUCCUGGUAACAUUCAACGUGUCUUGGUUUGUUUAUUUCUAGUGUAUCUUUAUUGUGAUUUUAGUAUAGUUGACUUUUUGUUAUUUAAGUCAGUCUCUUAGAAUUUCUUAAUCCAUUUCAUUCAUUCUGGCACCUCUAGAACAUAUUUUUUUUUAAAUAUCAACGAGUUAUUCUAAAAAAAAUUUUCUUGGUACUUCAAAUAACCACAAAGUAUAAAUUGACAUAACCAAUAGAGUAAAACUGUCAUUUAAAGAUAAAUAUAGAGCUUUGGUAAUGUUGCCUGACAGAUCUUUUUUGUGCGCCUGACAUCUAAAGCCUGCUAUCCAUAUAGGAGAAAUAUUUGUGGCCUGAUCAAGUGUUCAAAAGAUCUAUUCUAAGAAUUAUGGCAUUGGAGAACAAUUCCUGGUUUCUAUUUUGUACUAGAUGAUGUCUGUUAGCAGUGUCAAAUCAGAAUACCUGUAAUACUCUGAGUGCAGUCUUUUGAAGCUCCAAGACUAUUUUUGUAUAGCGAGCAGAACGUUAUUAGCAUUUUUGUUUGCAUCUGAAACGGAAUAUUUUCCUAGUAAGCUACACAAGGUCUUUUAUUUUCAGAAAUCCUUCAUUAUGAGGGUUUUUGGUACACCGCAAAAUGGCAAUAGUCUAGUCCAAUAAAAGGAGUAUUAGUGGCUUCUUUUACAAGGCUGUUAGCAAUUUCAUUACCAACAGUUUCCAUGUACUCUUCCACAAUGAGGUUAAUUUGUUCUACCCUAUCAGUUGUUUAAAUGACUAUUGUGUUUCCAAACUAUUACUAACUCAUAUAAAGUCGCAUACUUUAUAACCUUCAGUUCAUCCUGGCUCUCUAAGGAAAUGGCUAUUUUGGCUCUAAGGAAGAUUAUUAUAAUUCUUGCUUUAUACAAUGUAGGGCUUUGGAUAGUCUAGCUUUAGUACCACUAAGGUCUAUUCAUAUUCCUUUUGUUUUUGAUCCAUCAGUGUAAACCAUAAUGCACCUAUUUUACCCUUCUUACUUGUACAUAUUUACAAGGAAUGUCUAGCAUUACCUCUAAGACUGCAGUGAGCUAUGCCACGGUUUCGUUGUACUCAUGAUUCCUGAACAUGCAAGUCUUUCCAUUUUUUGCAAUUAUGUUAUUACCUUUUGCUAUGUUGUUUCGCUCCACAAAACCAGCAUAUCACAAGCAAAUAUGUUCUUAUAGUGUCCGACUGGUUGGUUACUAGGUUUGUAUACCUUUUUCUGCUGCAGCAGUCUUAAACUCCAAUAGGGUGUUAUCAAAUAUAUAUCAAUGUAUGAGAUAAUGUCACUUUUUCUCAAGAGAUGGUUUUUUUGAGAUGUAGAACAAGAGAAUGCAAAGCACCUACGGUGAAUUUGCCUUGUUGUUUUUCCUGAAGUACUUGUAAAGUAUUCAUUUCUUAUGUAAGUGCUCUCAUACUCUUUAGAAGAAAGAAGGCUAGACUAAUAGGUUUACAUGACUUUGGUACUUCCGGAUAAGGUUUUCCUCUGAUAGGAAUUGAUCAGACCAUAACUGUGGUUACUCCUUUGAAACAUAACCUAAAAUAACACUCAUCUUGAAUAUUUUGUCAAAAAUGAGGCAGUAGGAAAGAUUGCAUCGUGAUGAAAUAAUGAACAGGAGAAUUCCACUUUCUUCCUAAACAAACGAAAGAAACAUAGACUAAUUGUCAUAUUCUAUUUAUAUUAUUUAAAAUGUGAGAGGAACGUUGUAGUUUUUAAGAUAUUUACUGUAUAAACAAUUAUUGUAAUAUUUAACAUCUACCAAAUUAUAUGUAAAAAUAAUUUCAAAUAGCUAUAUAGUUUCAUAAUAGUAUGUAUAUAAAGCACAAAGUUACAUAAUAUUGACCGAGAGUAACAGUUACUGCAUGUUGCGAGAAAGUAAAGGUCAGCAGUUACGCGAGAGCAAUAAUGUUGCUAGUAGUAUACACAAUAUUUUUUCCACGGACGCUUAAUAAAAUGGAUCUUUUUGAAAUUGUUGCCUUUAAUAAAAUCAUUAAAAAUAAAUAUUCCAGUAAACUAAAGCAGCUAUAUUAGUAAUUAGUAGUAUUUAUAAUCGAAGCUAAAAUUGCAUUCGGUAUACUAUUUACUAAUAAUUCCUGAGCAUAUAGUAUUUUUGGACUGUAUUCUGAUGUAAACUCUUGAUUAUUGUGGCGAGAAUAUUCACAUAAUAUGUAAAUAUACAGUAUUGUUAAUAUUUUUCCGAAAAAUGGGCGCUUUCAGUGCAAUAAGUUAGAUUUUUGAUUUUCCAUUAAUCAGUGUAAAUUUCAAUAUAACGUCGCGAUGUUUUAAAAUUAAUUCAUUUGUUCGACUGUAAUACCUUUACUGCUGGCUAUCGCACAAACGAUGCAAUCCGAUGGAGCACCUCAGUUCACUGCAGUCGAACAAAUGAAUUAAAUAUGAAACAUCGCGAGGUUGUCUGGAAAUUGACACUGGUUAAUUGUAAAUCAAGAAUCUAACUUGUUGCAUUGAAAGUUCCUAUGUUCCGAAAAAAGAUUUCCAAUACUGUAUACAUUAUAUGGCUCCGGUAAAAUUUUCUACAUUUCUAAAUUUUUAUUAAUAAGUUUUGUGGUUCAAAUAUUUAACAACGUCUCUUGUCUUUAUCAUCCGGAAAGCCAAAAUCUUAAUGGAAUAAAAUGGGCAUAUAAUCUGCAAUGAACAACGCUAUAGUAUGCUUCGAACCGUACUACAGGCAAGGUGUUCGGAAAACAAGGAAAAAGAAGUUAGCCUAGCUGCACAAGCUAAGAAAAUCUAUUAAAAAUAGCCAGGAUGGUAUCAAACAUCUGUAACGGGGAUAGGCCAUCCAAGGAGAUGAAGAUAUUGUUUGUUGUGGAUAUCGUUUACAUCCCUAUAAUUAGAAACAGCUAUGCUAUAGUAAUGUAUAUUAGAGUUUACCAACAUGAAGAUAUAAUUUUACAUUAGUUGAAAAGUUUCAACAUUCUCCAUCUCAGAAAGAACUAGAACAGAUAUAACCGGAACUCAACAACGUAAGUCAACAAUACGGACUAACAAUGAAUACAAACAAAAAGAAGUCACAAACAUAGCUAGGUUAGCAACAGCAAAAUGGACUCCAUGAAAUGAAUUCCAUGGACAGCACAUCGUACAAAUGAGUCUCUGCUUCAGGAACUAAAUAUUAAUACCAUACGCAUUACAACAUUAAACAGAAAUGUUCUGAGGUAAAAAAUCAAAAAUGAAUGACCAUUUUCAAUUUCGUUGCAAAACGAAAAUACAGCCGCACCAUAGUCUAGUCCAAUCAGAGAGUGCAGCAAGCACCUCUACCGGUUUCGAAACUUAUUAGUCUCUCAUCAGGAGGCACAUAUGCUGCUCUCUCUGAUCCAACCAAAACAAACCCCGGCGUGCAGUCACGGAUUGCAACGAACGAAAUGGCAUAGAUGCCCUAGCGGCAACUGCUAGCAAAAGACUAAGUUUUCAAUCUAAUGUCAUAUAAAACAACAUAAUGUUACUCUACAUCCCAGCAGACUGAAAACAAUGGGAACCUUCUCUGGUUACACCUCCGAGGCUUCUACAAUUUGCAAGCCAUAACGGAUGCUGAAACUAAGUGAGAUGAGGGAAUUUUACAAUUUAUAAUUCACGUCCCAUCUGCUCAGCGCGGUAAAGUUCCAACGAGAAUGGUUCCCUUCGUAUUCCAAUCAGAGUAAACAUGUAAAUCAAAAAUGAAUAACCUGGUGUAACCAGAGAAGGUUCCCAUUGUUUUUAGUCUGGUGGGAUGUAGAGUAACAUUAUGUUGUUUUAUAUGCCAUUAGAUUGAAAACUUAGUCUUUUACUAGCAGUUACCUCUAGGGCAUCUAUGCCAUUUCGUUCGAGAGAGCAGCAUAUGUGCCUCCUGAUGAGAGACUAGUAAGUUUCGAAACAGGUAGAGGUGCUUGCUGCACUCUCUCUCUUAUUGGACUAGAAUAUGGUGCGGCUGUAUUUUCGUUUUGCAACGAAAUUGAAAAUGGUUAUUCAUUUUUGAUUUACAUGUUUACUCUGAUUGGAGUACGAAGGGAACCAUUCUCUUUAGAACUUUACCGCGCUAAGCAGAUGGGACGUGAAUUAUAAAUUGUAAAAUUCCCUCAUCUUCCUUAGUCUCAGCAUCCGUUAUGGCUUGCAAAUUGUAGAAGCCUCGGAGGUGUAACCAGAGAAGGUUGCCAUUGUUUUCAGUUUGGUGGGAUGUAAAGUAACGUUAUGUUGUUUUAUAUGCCAUUAGACUGAAAACUUAGUCUUUUGUUCUGAUGUAAUUUGAUCAUAUAUCUAGAAGGAAAGAGGUCAUGGAAAGGUUGAUCGUCGAAGGCAGAAGAUCAAGAGGCAGAUCUCCUUCGCGGUAGUCUGAUCAAAUUAAAAAAAUCAUAGGACUCUCCCUUCCAGAAGCAUCUCAAAAAGUUCAAAAUAGAGUUGAGUGGUCAAUCAAACAUCAUGAUGUUAUCAUAUCUUUGCGUAGGAUAACGGACUGAGGAGGAGGACUUCACACAACAGUCUGCACAUUUGAUACAACCUAGAAAAUGUGGUGUUUAGCAUCCACUAAAUUGAUUAGUUGAUACCCGUGUUGUGCUGCCCCCCCCCCACUUGCAAACAUUAAAAAACAAAUAGCGCUGAUUUAUGAGCUUUCAUAUUCCGCACAUCAAAGGGCUGACUCAGCCCCCCCCCGCACUACUUAAAAAUAAGGAUAUUGAAUCGAUUUUGCGGCAGAAUUACGAGCUAUUUAUGAGCUCUUUCGAAGUGAUAUAGUUUCGAUUUUUGAGCUCAUCCCCUUUACCCCCAAACAACCCUUUAAUUGAUUUAACUUAAGAGAAACAUGCUGAAAGAAAUUAAAAUAUAUCGUAUCGCGUGUAUAAUUCCUAUAUAUUCUAAGAAUAAACUCUUAAAUCACGCGCAUUUCGAUUAUUGAGCUACAACUCCUUCGCAAGUAAACCACCCCAUCUUCCCGGCUUAAGAGAGAGUUGAACUUAAAAUGCAUUAAAUUAAUUAUUUGGCGACUACAUAUCAUUUAAUAAUUUAUGAGCUCCCAAAAUACGCGCAUUUAGAUUAUUAAAUUGCAAUUCCUUUUAUAUAGUGCAGUCACUGAAGUUAAAAAUUAACUAUUACCUUCAAUUUCGGUGAACCUUCAUCGAUUUUCACGAAAAUUGGUGAGUGGUUAUAGGAUACCUCAAGAAACAAAGGUGAUAUGGUGCUAUCUUGCGCCUUUACCCUGAGGGUGGAUACCGCCCCUUCUUGGGGGUGAAAAUUAUAGAAUAUAUAAGCUAUAAGAAUUAUACCCGCGAUACGAUAUAUUUUAAUUUUUUCAGCAUUUUUCUUUUAAGUUAAAUCAAUUAAAGGGUUGUUUGGGGGUGAAGGGGAUGAGCUCAAAAAUCGGAACUAUAUCAUUUCAAGAGCUCAUAAAUAGCUCGUAAUUCUGCCGCAAAGAUCGAUUCAAUAUCCCUAUUUUUAAGUAGUGGGGGAGCUGAGUCAGCCCCCUCCCCCACUAAAAUAUUAAAUUCCUGCUCAGUGUAACGAGCUCAAAAUUUUUUAUGUGCGGAAUAUGAAAGCUCAUAAAUAGCUCAUAAAUCAGCGCUGUUUGUUUUUUAAUUUUUGCAAGUGGGGGGGGCCAGCUCAACAUGGGUUUAGUUGAUGAUGACUAGCGUCUUGAAAUAAUUGCAAAUUUUCUGCGAAUUAACCAUAUUUAUUAUGUAUUAAUGAUUCUCAUAUAAUAUCUAAUUUCUUGCACCAAUUUAGUAUGACCGCUUUUACAAGACUUUUGAUAUCAGAAAGUUUGUUCAGGGUACUACUCUCACUAUUUUCUAUAUUAAUCUUUUGACUAUUACUUAGUGAAAUACAGAAAUCAUGAGAAUUCUUCAGAUCGUAAGGUAUUAUAGCUAUAGUAAGUGCUAUACACCGACCAUCCUCAGGAAAUGACAAUGACAAAUAAAAAAUUUUUCAUCGAGAGUUUUUUGAAAAUACCUAAAUUUUUUAAAAAAUAGUGUCAAAAAUGUAUUGCGUAAUUGCGAUAUUGUCAAUAAAUUUAUUAGUAGAUCCCAUUAAUCUCAUUUAAUAUAUUAUAUUUUUUAUUUAUUUGUUUAUUGCAGUACAAAAUAACUAAUCAAUAAAAAUAUACGCAAUGUUAAUAUAAUCUAAAAAUGUGAUAAUACUUUUGUUAAAUAGUUAAUAAAUUGUUUCAAAACUGA